UGGUAGAUGAUGAAAAUGUUUGGGAAGAAAUCCGCAACUUCAAGAAGUGCCUCAUUAAGAUGGCUGCGAGGCAAGACAAAGAAAUGAUCUUUUUGGAAACAGUGCAUUCGUUAGCACAGCAGCAGCGCCAUUGCUUAAUUGAGUGCAUUCCUUUGCCCAAAGACAUUGCAAAAGAAGCACCUCUUUAUUUUAAAAAGGCAAUUGAUGAGGCAGAAGACGAGUGGAGUCAGCACAACGCAAAGAAGUUGAUUGAUACAAGUCAGAAAGGGCUGCGUGCUUGUAUCCCCAAGAACUUCCCCUACUUCCAUGUAGAAUUUGGACUUAACAAGGGAUUUGUACAUGUAAUUGAUGACGAAACACAGUUCAAAAGCAGUUUUGGUCUCAAUGUGAUUAGGGGCAUGCUACAGUCACAGGAUGAAAAUAUGUAUCGUCGUCGUCAGAACGAGUCUGUUGAUGCUCAAAAAGAAGCCGUCGCUUCAUUUGUCAGGGACUGAGUUGCUGCAUUUGUUGUCUUUCUUGUGCCUCCUUGAUUAAUUGAUGUGUUAUGGCUUGAUUGGUGACAGUACGUUCUUCAGUUCUUCUAUAGCUGGAAUGUUGUAGAUACCAGAAUAAGCUCUGUAAAUCAGAAUAUCUCAUACGUAACAAGAAGAUGUACAGCCAAGAGUAUAUAACAUGAAGAUGUUCAGCCAUCUUAGUAGUACGGAGUAGCUACUUUUGUGUUCAGCCAUCUUAGUAGUAGCUACUUUUGUGUUCAGCCAUCUUAGUAGUAGCUACUUUUGUGUUCAGUCAUCUUAGUAGUAGCUACUUUUGUGUUGACCGGUGACAAAACAUGACUCUUUUCUG